CAACAUACCCUUCCGCCACCUCACUGACCUGAUCUCGGUGCUUUGCUUAUCUGCACCAGCCCUGCUGCUUGACCUUCACUUCCUUCGGAGAUCCGUCCUCGUCGAUGGCGUCACACCCACGACGACUCCACGAGACCUACUGCACAGCUUCCCGCUACUUGAUGCCCAGGCAGCAGUCCUCGUCAGAGACAGUCACACCGGUCACAGGGUGGGUCUGGUAGUAUUCUCUGACGUUGCUGAGAGCAUGAGGGCGACGAGAUUGACGGCUCGCCCGGGGUUUUACUCCACAUGCAUGCCGGCUUCUGGCCAUGGUGCCACGCGCAGAUACAUGAGGGAUGCACUCAAGGCUUUGUGGAGCAGGACAACCACCUUGGAGAUCUUCCAGUCACUGGUACCCCUCAGUACACGCUCGAGGACGAGGACAUGGAGCUGCACCUCAGGUGCGUCUUUCUGGGAGGCGUCGCUGCCAGGAGCGGUGGAGCCUACGGUCUGUGCCGCGCUGCCCGGGACGUACUGCUUGCUCGGGGUACUGCUUGUGCGGCGAUCGCCUGGACUGCUGGAGAGGUCGGCCUGCUCGUCUUCGAUGACGCCGAGACUACGGAGCUGCUUUACCGGAGAUCACCCCGGUUGCUGUGCCAUCUGGGCCUGCAGAUGCACGAGUCGUCUCUGUUCCCGCUGACUGACGGUGCCAGUGCCGGUGCUGCUGAUGGAGAUGGUGGAGAGGAGGCCUCCCUGACCCCCCUGCUGCUGCCCCCGUACAUCCUGCGUAGCGGAGAGACAGAUUACAGCUGCAGGCUGUUGCUAUUGACAGGAUUGGAUACCGACCACUGCGACGCCGCCGAGAUCGCCUACGCCGUACAGCUCAGGCUGGACCACAUUUACGAGCACCAUCUGGUCGAGGCCGUGGUUAUCCACCGAUCCCGGCGUCUGGUACUAGUCGUUCUCGGGAGCACGGAGGCCGUGAAGAUCCUGUUGCAGGAGCCACCGGAGAUAUGGGUGCAGGCUUUUGGGCGGCAGACUAGUUUGGCCAGAGCAGUGAUCUCAUCCGCCGCCGGACCGUCGUCGUCAGCUACUGAGGAGGAUGCGUUGGAGUCGCAGCAGCCUGAGCCUGAGCGCGCGUUGAGCCUGAGCGAGUGGUGCAAUUUUGAGACGUUGGAGUACACUAUGGGACUUGUGGCCCGAGAUCUGGCCCGGUGCGGCGAGCACGAGACGACCCGGAUGGUGCGCUGCCUCACGGGACUAUGUGCUCUGGUGCGUCCUGACACCGUCUGGCGCGGGGACUUCUCCGACAGGGCGCUUCUCCUCUCAGGCACCCGUGCUGGUGGUACUACCAUGUCUGCUCUGGGGCUGGUGCUGGUGCUGUCGGGGGUCGGCUUGUUGGAUGACCUGGUGCUGUUCGCCGUGAGGCGGGUGGCUCUGGCCGUGUUCCAUUCAGCGGAUGCUGCUGCGGCGCUGCUACAGGAGCCGACCGCGUCCUGGAUCGCCAUGGGGUUCGAGGACUGCAGACGGGCGCUGGACGCCGAGGACGCCGCCGUCACCGCGAACGAGGUUCACCUCCUACUGCUGGUCGUCCAGGGCUUGGGGCCUGCCUUCCUAGGCUAGUGACAGCACUACUUGGCGCUGCAUACCUGAGCUGUUGGCAAUUUCUUCGGUCGCGUCUCUCGAGUUGAUACUGCGUUUUGCUACCCACAUCUGACUGGCUGUGUAUAGCUUACCUGGUCUCUGCUGAUUCACUAGCUAGCCUAGGAAUCUAGGAUUACCGUUGCUAUGUACAUGGAGUUGCACGA